AUGCCGCCGCAAAUCCACACCCCGAAAGCCGCAGCUUGCCGCGUGAAUAAAAAGCGCAAGUCCGCUUUCACAGGCGCUGGACGAGUCUUGAGCACCGGGGCCAGAGUAGCCGCUCAACCAGCCAAGAAGCCAAAGACGGAUGACGAUGACGACGACUUCAUCCCCAACAUGAAAGAAAACACAGAAGACAGCGAGCACGAUGAUGCGUCCUACAAACCCGACGCUCCAAAGGCUUCCGGCGACAGUGGGUGCAAGAUUCGCGAGCUUGUGCGAGCCGUCGCCGUCGCCAGGGCCCAUCAAAGCAAGGAGGAGACCAAGGUAGCAGAGGCAGAGGACGUGGAAUCCAAAGAAGCGCACGGCGAGGAGACGAAUCAGAGAUCAGACGAUGAACAGAAGUCCCAGCGAGUCGUUUGGUCAGGAAAAGCGUUGAGCGCCUUGGGAGCGGUUGUGGACGAUCUCGCGUCUUUAGAGGGGCCGGUCCGGAAGGCUGAGAACAUGCCUAAGGGAAGUCUGCGCAGUGGCAAAAAGCGCGGAUUCUGGAAGUAUGGGGAGGGUGACACUCUUGGUGGUAGUGGAGGAGAUUAG